AUGAAUGGUGGUAACUUGGGUCAACGAAGGAACGGUCUUCUACAUAGUAUCAUUUUUCGAAUAAGAGAAAGAAGAACGUUUUAUGCUUCUAAAUGGAUAAGAAGGUUACAAUUGUUAAAUGAGAAAUAUAAUUACAAAAUAAAUAAGGAAGAGGAGGAGGAAAUAGAAUAUGAAGAAAAGAAAGAGGACGAUCAAAUAGAAAAAGUAUAUCCAUUAUGGAAUAGUAGAAGAACCGGAUUGUUAGGAUACAAAGUUGGGUGUAUGAGUAUAUGGGAUAUAUGGGGAGUAAAACAUGCAGUAACAGUCGUUAAGAUAAGCAAUUGUUAUGUGUUAGAUCAAAAGAAUAUAAGUAGAAAUGGAUAUGAAGCUUUAGAAAUAGGAAUAGGUAAUAUGAACGUUACAAAACAGAGUAAAAAUAAUAUUGGUAAUUAUAUUAAAAGGAAGUUAGGAUUUAUACAUAAAAUAAGAGAAUUCAAAUGUACGAGUGAUUGUUUCUUACCUGUUCAGCAUAAAUUUUCACCUAGACAUUUUUCUCCAGGUCAAAAUUUAUUUAUUAGUUCAAGUAUAAAAAAUAAAGGUUUUUGUGGUGCAAUGAAAAAAUGGAAUUUUAGUGGUAAAAAUCAAUCGCAUGGUACUGAGAGUAAAGCACACAGAAGUUUAGGUAGUGUUUCUAUGGGGAAAACUAUCAAUAUAGUUUUUCGAAAUAAGAAAAUGAAUACACAUAUAGGUGAAAAAAGCUUAGUUAAGUGUAGCAAUAAUAAACUAUUUCGCAUUAAUAGUCUUAAAAAUUUAUUAUUUAUUAAAGGUCCUAUUGGGGGAUAUAAAAAUAAAGUUAUAAAAAUAUCUGAUGCGAAAGGUAGAUCUUUCAAUAAAUUCAAAAAUAAAAUAUAUUUAUAUUAUCCAACAUUUAUAUAUAAGAAAAAUAAAAAAUAUAAAAAUGUUAUAGAUAUGCCUCAUAGUAUAGAAGACCCAUUUCUCUAUAACGAAAUUCCCCUAUAUGAACCCACGAAUAAAUGA